AUGACAGAAGAGCAAGAGUCUGUUCCUCCAACACUCAAAAUCCCCCCUGACCUACCUGCGCCUGAAGCAUGGUGGCGAGAUCGUCAACAGUGGUUGGCGGAACGCGGCUACAUGCUCCGGCCUCGGUACCGGCCUGGCUGGCAGCCGUCGUGGAUCGUGAAUCCGCAGAAGCUGAAGUAUGAAUACGAGGACAUGAAGCCAGCCUCUUCUAGCUUCAUACUGGACGCCGUCCGUACGGCCGAUAACUCCCUCGUCGUGAUGAAGAAGGUCAAGAGCUCGCGCAAUCCUCAUGAAGUCGAGAUCUCCCAGUAUCUCUCUUCCGAAGCACUUCGUUCCGACCCUCGCAAUCAUUCUGUGCCCAUCCUCGACUCUUUUGGCGUUCCCGACGAGCCAGAGAUAACUAUCUUGGUAUUACCUCUCCUCCGUGCGUGCAACGACCCAUCCUGGCAAACAGUUGGAGAAGUGCUAUCUUUUAUCAAGCAAAUAUUUGAAGGUCUGCAAUAUCUUCACGAGUUGCACGUCGCGCACAGAGACUGCAUUUUAUUGAACAUCACGUAUGAUUCUCGGCCAUUGUUUCCUCAGAUGUUCCACCCCCGUAACCCUUAUAAGGCCCUUGACUAUCAAGGUCCACCCAAGCACUCGACACGUACGGCGCGUCCGGUGAAGUACUGCUUCAUCGACUUUGGUCUGUCCAGGCGAUAUAACCCCGAAGACGGCCCACCUCGUGAAGACCCCAUACGAGGUGCAGACAAGUCCGUCCCCGAGUUCAAAGAUUGGAACGGGGAACCGUUAGAUCCAUUCCCCACCGACGUGUACUAUCUGGGGAAUGUGAUACGAGAGGCUCGAUAUCAUGGGAUGAAGUUUCUGGAUCCUCUGGUCCAAGAUAUGAUUCAGGCCGACCCUUCGAAGAGGCCGACGAUACAGGAAGUAGUCCGGCGCUUUGACGAGCUUUUGAAGCGUACCCGAUUCUGGACAUUGUGGUUGCGACCGGUGCCCGUUAACGAGGAAACUGCUGUAGGGUGGUAUCGUAAUACACGUCAGUUGUUUCGGACGGUUGGUUAUGUCCUUUCGCGCAAAUCCGCAAUACCCAUCCCGUCGUGA